AUGCGAUCUUCGCUGGUGACGAGCGAGUUGUUACUGGUGCGUGCGCUGGACUACGAUUUAGAGGUCGAUCUACCGUUUGCAUUUUGUCUCAAUGUACUGCGAAACAUGGCCUCGGUACCACUGUACAAAGAACUUCGACGAUACGGUGCCAUGACAGGACGUGGUUGGCAAAAGGAUUUGUGGCGACAAAUGGAACAAGAUAUACACCCGGAUUUAAGCGCCAUUGCUCGUCUUGCUUGGAUGUUUCUGUGGGAUAGUUUAAUAUCACCCAAGAUCGUUUUGAACCACUCCACCCCUGGUGUUGCAUUAGGAUGUCUCUAUCUGGCAUUACGUACAUCGAAUGCACCGUUUCCCUUUACGAUGAGCGAGUGGGUGGACAUGUGGGGAGCAUCAGAAAAUAUAUCGGUUCAAGCGGUGCGAGGUAAGCUCAAUGCCCAUAUCUCUCUUGGAUCUUUUACUUGUGUUCUCAUACAUUGA